AUGGCCAUGGAGGAGGUGGAGCAGUUGAGCCAAGAUAAAGACGAAGAGGAAGGUGAAUACGAGAGUGACUUCUCUGACUCAGAUUCAGGCCCCGAUUUCAACCCAGAUCCCGAGACUGAUAUAGAUAUAGACGUGGACAUGGACAUGGACAUGGACAUGGACAUGGGCCUGGAUAUGGAAGCAAGUGAAGGUAUUGACGACGAAGGUUCGGACACUAUUUCCGAGCCACCAAGUGAUUUUGAGGAGGACAAUCCCUUCGAGGAGGAGGUCGAGAUGGAGGUAGCAGAAGAGAUAGAAGAUCGCGACGAGAUGGCUGCUGAAGAAGAAGAAGAAGAAGAAGAAGAAGAAGAAGAAGAAGAAGAAGAAGAAGAAGAAGAAGAAGAAGAAGAAGAAGAAGAAGAAGAAGAAGAAGAGAGCGCUUCAAUUUCAGAAUCCUCGUCCGAUGACGAUACUACCCAGCCACCACCCCAACCCGCAACACCCACUACCGUCAACGACGACGACACCGAUUUCAUCGCCGGCCAAUUCGGCUCAGUGUCAAUAUCCGGCCCUUCUCGCUCCAUCUCCUCAUCCACGGUCCCAAGCUCAGCUGAGUCCUCUACUGUAGCCGAAACCAGUUCUUCUCCUAUGGAUAAUACUACCGAUACUGAGAUAUCGACUGAUUUCAGUAAUGCGCGUCGUCGUCGUCAUGCUGAGGCGGGCUCAGGCUCGGCUUCGGAUGAUGAGGAUUCAGAGACGGAGAUGGAUUCGGAUAGUGAAGAGGGCAGUGAGGCCGACAACGAAGGCCCGGACAGUGAUUCCACUGAAGAGUCUGGCGACGAUGAAGAGUAUCAGAAGAGAACAACGGAUGAGGAAAUUGAUGAGCUUGCGGAUGGAGCGAUGUCGGGCUUGAAAGUCUAG